AGUUCGAUUCGUUUUCCUGUGAUGUCACUGUGGUCAGGAAAACCAAUCGAGCAAAGAGCCACCCGGCAAAGAAGGAGACAGACGCCGCGUAACCCACGCAAAUAUGUUUCGCAAUCAGUAUGACAACGACGUGACUGUAUGGAGCCCACAGGGUCGCAUUCAUCAAAUUGAGUACGCCAUGGAGGCUGUGAAGCAAGGCUCUGCCACUGUAGGACUCAAAUCCAAAACACAGGCAGUCCUGGUUGCACUGAAGAGAGCUCAGUCAGAACUGGCGGCCCACCAGAAGAAGAUUCUCCAUGUUGACAACCACAUCGGCAUCUCCAUCGCUGGUCUCACUGCAGAUGCUAGGCUGCUUUGUAACUUCAUGCGUCAAGAGUGUUUGGACUCCAGGUUCGUCUUUGACCGCCCCCUGCCCACGUCACGACUCGUCCAUCUCGUCGGCAGCAAAACUCAAAUCCCAACACAACGAUACGGAAGGAGACCGUACGGCGUCGGUCUGCUAAUUGCCGGCUAUGAUGACAUGGGUCCCCACAUCUUCCAGACGUGCCCGUCAGCCAACUAUUUCGACUGCAAAGCCAUGUCGAUAGGCGCUCGCUCGCAGUCGGCCCGCACCUACCUGGAGAGAUGCAUGGACAAGUUUGCAGACUGUAAUCUGAAUGAGUUGGUCCAGCAUGGUCUGAGAGCCCUCAGAGAGACUCUCCCCACCGAGCAGGACCUGACCACCAAGAAUGUUUCCAUUGGCAUCGUGGGUAAGGAUAUGGAGUUCACCAUCUAUGAUGAUGACGAUGUUGCCCCCUUCCUUGAGGGGCUAGAGGAAAGGCCACAGAGAAAGGUGGUCGCGCCUGCAGACGAAGAUGCCGCCACUGCUGCAGAGGCGCCCGAUGAGCCCAUGGAGCACUGAGGCAAAAAUUACGGCUGCCGAAGUUCCUGUUUGUGACGUUAGCAAAGUGCCACCUUCUUGAAAACAUGACCCCCAUUCAUAUUCUGCCAGCACCAGUCAAAGAGUGCUUUUGUACAGGUAGAAUGUGUCCUGUAUUCAACAAAUAAAGUCCCCUUUUUUGAACUUA